AUGGAGUAUGGUCCUACUGCAAGUUCAAGCACUGCUACUGCACAGGCAUGGCUAGAUCACCAUUCCCGCUCUCUUGGUUUGUUCAUCAAUGGGAAGUUUGUCCUUCCAGCCAACAGACAGUCUCGCUCUCUUGUGGAUUCAAAAGGCGAUACUGUGUGCAGUACAGUGUGUGCCAUUGAGGACGAUGUUUUACAAUGUGCCACUUCCUCUGUGAGUGGAUUUAAAUCUUGGAGCGGUCUGAACUGUCGACAGAGGGCUAAAGUCCUGCUCAGAUUGGCGGAUGUGCUGGGUCAGCAUGCAGCCUGUGUUUCAGAGCUGUGUAGUCUGUUUGAAGUGCAGUGCUCUCCCGCCUCUGUGGUCAGACUCCUGCAGUAUUACAGCAGCUGGGCUCAGCUCAGAGACACUCUGUUGGCCGGCUGGACACCUCUCGGUGUGGUGCACGUGGUUUGCUCUGACGAAUGUUCACUCUAUUGUAUAAUGGCAAAAGUCCUGCCAGCUCUUGCAAUGGGUAAUUCUGUCAUUAUUGUCCCUGGUCACAACGCUGCCCCUUCUACGCUCUUAUUGGCUCAGCUGUUCAUAGCGGCGGGACUACCUGCUGGGGCUCUUAACAUUAUAACUGGAAGUGACAUUGGUGCUAAAGUGGCCCAGAACCCAAGCAUUAGUUAUGUCACUUACUCUGGCAACAAGCAGGAUGGUGUCAAUCUGUGUAAAGCCACAGCUGGUUUUGGCGUUCCAGUUUCUGUUUCUGCAAGUAUCGGCGCCACGUGCCCCUUUAUCAUCUUUGACACUGCAGACAUUGAUAGUGCAGUGGAUGGAGUUAUUGAAGCUGCUUUUAAGAAGAAGAAAGAGGUUCACUGGGUCUUGUUGGUCCAAGAGAGUGUGGUAAAUAACGUUGUGGCCCGUCUAAAACUGCGAAUGACUGGAAUGAAGAGCGUUCCGUUGGCCUCUGGAGCGAGAGUGCUAGUGGAUGCUGUAGUACAGGCGGCUCAACAGGAGGGGGCCACGUUGAUUCAUCCAUGUGAGCCGGUUUCAUCUGAUGCACUGUACCCCCCCACAGUGAUUUGUGGGGCAGCCCCCUCCUCGCCAUGUGUGGUCAGUCCUGCUCCAGGACCACUGCUGCCUCUCAUGACAUUCAGGGUGAACUCUGAAGCGGUCACUGUGGGUAACCACAGCCCUCAUGGUAUGGCAGCUUCUAUCUGGACAGAAGACCUGACGUUGGCUCUUGAAACAGCAAAGAGUCUGUUUGUUGGAUGUGUGUGGGUAAACUCCCACUCUUUUUCUGACCCCUGUAUGCCUGUGUCCGGCCACAAGGAUAGUGGCACCUGCACCGAUGGAGGUCAGGAGGGUCUGUACCAUUUUCUAAGGUUGUCCUCUUCUAAAAUGCCAAAUCCUAGAUCGUCACCGGUUUCUUUGGACUAUGCAAAAUUUGGAGUUGCAGCCUCUACAAUAAUAAUCCCGGAUGAUUCUGAUCCUGCCUGCUCUCCAAAAAUGUAUCAACAGCUUGUUGGAGGAAAGACUUGUAAAUCGGUGUCCGGAGGCAGUGUGUCUGUGCUGUCAGCAGAUGGUGCUAAACUGCUGGGGUACUGUCCUGAUGGAAGCAGGAAAGAUGUUCGUAAUGCAGUGGAAGCAGCAACUAAAGUCCAGUCUGGUUGGGUGAAGAAAAGCCUGUCUGCGCGCUCCCAGUUGCUGUACUCUUUGGCCAAAAGCCUGGAGGCAAAGAAGAAAGACUUUGUGGCGUGUUUGUGUGCACAGACGAGCGUGUCCGCAGAGGCGGCCGGCUCUGAGGUCGAGCUCAGCGUCACCAGGCUCAGCGACUGGGCGGCUCUCUGCGACAAGAUGCACGGGGGAUCUUUGCCCGUGCCACAUUCGGGCACCGCUCUGUCCCUGGCUGAUCCCCUGGGGGUCAUUGGGAUUGUCCUGCCCGACAGAAGCCCCCUCCUCUCCGCUGUGACACUUCUGGGGGCUGCCAUCGCCACGGGCAACGCUGUCAUCAUGGUGCCCAGUCAGAAGUAUCCAUUGCCAACACUGAUGCUCAUUCAGGCGCUGCAGUGCUCCGCUCUGCCUCCAGGCCUGGUCAGUAUUAUCACGGGCAGUAAGGACCAGCUGACUGUGGCUCUGGCCAACCACAGUGUCAUCAAGGGCAUCUGGUACUGGGGCUCUGCUGAGGGCUGCCAGUACCUCCAGGACACCUGCUCCAGCCCUCUGAAGACUCUGGUUUGUCAGGGGGACGACGGGGAAGAGGGGGAGUGGGCUCGGUGUGACCUGGCCUUCCUGGAACGCCAGUGGAGGAGGGCCGUCCAGUGGAAGAGUGUGUGGCUCCCGACCGCCUGA